UGAUUGAAAUAAUUGAAAUGAUUUUGAUUAUUAUGACAUACUAAAGCGUUAAUUUGACCAUUAAGCUACUCGGUAUUCAACCAGUAGGUUACAGGUUUCAAUCCUCUUUUGAUAUAAUUCGAUAUUCACAGCACAGUGGUGUUCUUAGUCCUCAAAAACAGAUAAAUAGUAUUGUGGCUUAAAGUUGAGUAUUUCGUAAAUGAGUCACAUUACAUUACAACACUGUUAGUAGGAUAUGUACUAUACCAUUCUUUAUGAAUAGUUACCUUAUUUGCUUGAAUUAAGGAAUAUAAUUUAGAGGGAAACCUUUAAUCCUCUCUCCUACAAUCAGUAACAGUUUAUUGUACCCAUGUCCUCUAUGCAUUAAUUAUCGUUUUCAUAAUAUUGUCCGUAAUGUAUUCUGUUGACCUAUUUCAAUUUUCUUGGUGUUUGAUAGAAUUGUUAAUUAUUGCUAUUGUUGACGUCACAAUUAAACAGAAUACACCCACUGAGAAAUAAAUGUGGAAAUAAUGGUUUAAUAAAGUAUUGUCUUUUUGUCCAAUUCAUUUUCAAAGCUGUACAAUCGCAACGAUAAGCGGUAAUAUGUAUGAUAAAACUCAAAAUAUGGUUAUGAAAAGCUUGAAUAUUCCUCGAGACCAGCAAACAUAUUGGAUAAAGAAUAGUGACUGUAGAAAAUGGGAUUGAAAACAUGAUAUGAAUAAAUAAAAUACAGUCGAAGAGAGAGAGACAGAAUAACUCAGUCAUAUAUAGAAAGUGAAUAGAGAGAUAGAAAGAUGGGAAAGAUUAUGAUUUUAUAAAACCAGGAGUUAAUUAAGACUAUGAUAGAAGACAAGUUCGAGAAGAAUUCUUUAGUAUAAAUAGCUCACGUUUUUCUAAAUGUUAAUAUAGUAAAGGCUUCAGCAAUGGUAGGAAAAAGGAAGGUCACUGUUUUUGGCGAAUUUCUGUCAUUCAACUUUUAGAUAAAUUUUUAUUCUGAGUUUGUUUUGAUCGAUUGAUUUGUUUAAUAACGGUGCGCGUCAUAUCACCUUGACAAAUGUUUUUGAAACCACUUGUAAAGAAUUUACUAGUCCAUACUUCUACUACUUAGUAUUUUCAAAUUAUUGACUAUUUGAACUUUUCGAGUGAUUGAGUGCUCAGAUGGGGAGCAAUCAAAAUGGAUAUAAACUUAAAUGUGACAGGAACAUCAAAAUUCACUAUGACAUACAUAAUUCAUGUUCACUUAUUAUCAGUGGGUACCGUUUGUACUUGGCCUACAGUGCAUAUUAUUUUAUAUUCCACAUAUUGCUUGGCAAGCUGCUUGCGCUUGUCGUUCUGGCGGUGAUAUGUUUUCGUUAGUAAAAUCAGCGGCAGAUGCUGCCAUACUAUCUCGAGAUGAUCGUCAGAAAGCAGUAGCUCGUGUAGCGGAAUUCAUCGAGGAUAUGAUUGGAAUGCACAAAGAAUGUCGGAAAGGUAAACGUGCUAAACUGACUAAAACAGCUGCUCAAUUUGGUGGGAUAUUUGUAGCUAGUAAAAGACUCGGUACACACUUGAUAUUUUCUUAUUUAUGCGUAAAAAUUGUUACAAUUAUUAAUGCUGCAUUACAACUAUUUUUAAUUCAACGGUUUUUGGGCUUUUAUUCAAAUGGCAGUGCAAGUCGACGUAGCUUACAAUUAGGCAAAGUGACUGAUUUUAAAGCAUUAAAUGAUUUAUCCUAUUCAGAAAAUGAAAAUGUUGAAGGUUAUGGAUUUGGUUUAACUGUUGUUAAUCAUAUACGUUCUGGACGUGAUUGGCCUGAAACUAUGCUAUUUCCACGUGUAGCAUAUUGUCGUGUACCGGGUAUAAGAUUAGUUGGUGUAAAAAAUUCAUAUACAGCACAAUGUGCACUACCUAUAAAUAUGUUAAAUGAAAAAAUUUAUAUAUUUUUCUGGUUUUGGAUUGUUUUCUUACUGAUUAUAUGUAUUCUUAGUUUGUUAUUAUGGCUAACACGUAUGAUUUUAGCAUCAAAACGUAAAAAUUUCAUUAAACGUUAUCUUAGAUUAAAAGGUAUUCAUUCAUUAAAAGGUGAUGAAUUGAAACAAAGUGAUUUAGAUGAAUUUAUUGAUAAAUAUUUACGUGCUGAUGGUGUAUUCAUCAUUCGUAUGUUAACUAUUAAUUCAGGUGAUAUUAUUACAGGAGAAAUUGUCACUGAAUUAUAUAAUAACUUUAUUAAUCAUUAUCAUAAUACACAUUCAAUAGAUAAAGAACAAGAUUUAAUGAAACCGGAAAAUAUUGGUUUUACUAAUCUUGUUUAAUGAUGCUUGUUAAAUUUUUCUUUUAAUCUAUGUGAAUAUGAUAUAUCAUGUUAGUUUACUGGAAGAAAAAAUAAAGAAUAUGUCAAAUAAACAACCACAACAACAAUAAUGUUCAUUUAAAACAACAUUGAACUAAAAGAGAUUCAAAUUAUUUGUGAUUUACACUGACAACAACAAUAAGAACAUUCAUAUUUUGAUUAACUUGUUCACUUGUUUCUUCUUUUUUCUUUCUUCUUACUGAGGACAAAAUAGAAAUUAUUUUUUGAAAAAAAAAUCAAGUUUGUUUAACGUUAGCAAUAGACGUUUUAUUAAAAUGUUAGGUAUUAUUGUCAUUACUAUUACUAUUAAUAUGAAUACGACUAUAUUAUUAUUAUUAUUAUUAUU